AUGAUUACUCGAUGGCUACUGAUCACAAGCUUCCUGGCAUUAGCCAUCUUAUCGCAGUCUAGCGCUGCGAAGAAGUCAGAACCAGAAAUCACUCCGUCAUCCUUCGACAAUGAACCCUUCUCAUUGUUCUAUUUCGAGGACACCGAAACAAUACUCAUGAACACACGAGAUGGCGAUCUUUUGCGCUCGUUCGAUGGAGGUAAGGGCUGGGAACAGGUGGAUGACCCAAAUGGUAAAAUGAAGAAGCGUGUGCUUUCCAUCUGGCAGCACCCGUUUGACAAUAAUAGAGCCUAUGCCUUGGGUGCGAAUGGACGUCACUGGGUGACAAAGGAUCAAGCUAAGACUUGGGAAUCUUUCGAGGUCGACGGAUACCCAGCCACCCAACACGAACCUCUCAUUUUCCAUGGCUGGGAUUCUGCAAAGGUCAUCUUCCAAAGUGAUGAAUGUAUGGGACGGUUUUGUAUAGUGAAAUCAUACUAUACUACCGAUGAUUUCAAAACCGUCUCGCCACUACGGGUCAGUGCUGGUGGAUGCGCGUGGGCUGUUGGACAUCCACAAUUCGCCGAAGGAUUGAAUCUUCAAGAGGAACUCCGUGAUCGCGUUCUCUGCAUAGUGCCUGGCCUGAAAGUGCCAUCCGCACAUGCGAAUCGCCUUGUGUAUUCGGACGACUUCUUCAGAAGCGAUGCGGAAGGGACGGAGCUGAACAUUCAACAGGGACGACCUGUUUCGGGUAUACUCAGCGUCGCUGCUGUCAAGAAGUUCUUCGUGACAGCAGCAAAAUCUCAAGGGACAAAUGAGCUGGCUCUUUACGUCACGCUAGAUACCAAGGCCUGGCAUCGGGCAGACUUUGGAGGUCAUCGAGUGGAACAAGACGGUUAUACACUGCUGGAAAGCACGAACUAUAGCAUGCAAGUGGACGUCCUGACUAGCCCCUCUAGCAAUACCGGCAUACUAUUCACCUCGAAUUCUAACGGUACCUAUUUCACGCGUAAUGUCGAACAUACAAAUCGUGAUCGCUUUGGCCACGUGGAUUUUGAAAAGAUAGCAGAUAUCCAAGGUAUUGUGCUGGUCAAUACAGUGAAGAACUGGGACAAAGUUGAAUCGGAAAAUGAGAAGAAGGUUGUUAGCUCAAUUAGUUUUGAUGAUGGACGGACUUUCCAGUCCCUCAAAGUUGGCGACAAGCAGUUGCACCUACAUUCCGUGACCACUUUUGCCAACACGGGUCGUGUUUUCUCAAGUCCCGCUCCGGGCCUGGUGAUGGGUGUUGGUAACACAGGCGGCCACCUCAAAAAAUACUCAGAAGGUAGCCUUUAUGUCUCAGAUGAUGCUGGCGUGACUUGGCGCCAUGCGCUUGACGGUCCAUUCAAGUACGAGUUCGGUGAUCAGGGUUCGGUGAUAAUGGCUGUCAGUGACAAGGGAAGCACAGACGAAAUUCAGUUCUCAAUUGAUCAUGGGAAGGAGUGGCACUCUACCAAACUUCAACAUAAGAUUUAUCCCAAAUUGCUGACAACGACGCCCGAUUCUACCAGCUUGACUUUCCUUCUUGUUGGCUCAGAGGAAAGUUCGGGAACAAAAUAUGUUGUUUACUCCAUCGACUUCAGCGGUCUUCAUGAAAGAAAGUGCGAGAAAGAUGAUUUCGAAAAGUGGACGGCCAGAUUGAACGAAAACGGUGAACCAGACUGCUUGAUGGGACACCAGCAAUUUUUCAACCGGAGGAAGGCCAACGCGGACUGUUUUGUGGACGAGGAAUUCAAAGAUCCGCAGCCCAUUUUCGAACCAUGCAAAUGCUCAUUUGAAGAUUUCGAGUGCGACUUCAACUUUGUGCGCAGUGAAGAUGGAAAGAGCUGUGUCCCUGCAGCCCCGCUAGUGCCCCCCUUAGGCAAGUGCCAGAAGCAGACCAAUACGUUCAUGGGACCGUCAGGCUGGAGGCUCAUUCCAGGAGACACUUGCAAUCGGGAGGGCGGCGAGAAUCUCGAUAAAGACAUCGAGAGGCCUUGCAAGGAUGUAGUUAGCGCACCUUCACACGACCAACUGAUGGCACAGAAGCAGGUGUUUAAUGACGCGAGACAAUUUAGUGAGCAAUAUUAUUACCUUGAACGCCAAGCAAGCAGCAGUGGAAAUGAUGAGACCGUCAUAAUGCUUACCAGCGAGGGUGAAUGUUGGGUUUCUCAUGAUCAUGGCAAAAGUUGGGAACAACCUCUUAAAGGCGUGAAGAUUGCCGCCAUUGUCCCUCAUCCUUACUACAGUGAUGGGGCGUUUCUCCUUACUCGCGACAAACAGGCUUUCUGGACCGUCGAUCGUGCCUAUACCUUCAAAUCCUUCGAAGCACCGAUCCCACCUAAUCAGGAGGGCUUGCCAGUCCUUUCUUUUCACUCCCAGUACAAGGACUGGUUGAUUUGGACUGGGGCAGUUGACUGCGGUCACGGCGAUUGCCACUCCGAUGCUUACUUUAGCAAGAAUCGGGGGGAGAACUGGGAUCUUCUCCUCCGCUACGUUGGAAAGUGUGAAUUCGAGAGCCGCGAGAACAGGCCGGACAGUGAAAAGCUUAUAUUUUGCCAGCAAUAUGAGAAUGAGAACAAGAAAAACCACCUACAGCUGCUGUCUAGCAAAAACCUAUUCUCUGACAGCCACGUUCAUUUCAACGAUGCGAUCCGGUACGCUACAAUGUCUGAAUACAUAAUUGUAGCCUCGCGGGACCCGGACAAUCCUGAUUCAUUAGUUGCCAGCAUCAGCGUCGACGGCAAGACAUUUGCGCGAGCCGAAUUUCCUCCAAAUGUUGAUGUACCCGUCAAAACAGCUUUCACUGUUCUGGAUAGCUCGACUCAUGCCGUUUUCCUGCAUGUCACCGUGAGUGACGUCAAAGGAGCUGAGUAUGGCUCAAUUAUCAAGAGCAACAGUAAUGGAACGUCCUAUGUCCUUAGCCUCAACGCGGCGAGCAGGAAUGAAUGGGGCUACGUUGACUUUGAGAAGAUGCAAGGUCUAGAAGGAGUAGCGGUUGUGAACAUCAUCAGCGAUGUGGAGGCCGUAUUGAAGAAGGGACCAACCGCAAAGAAGUUAAAGACGAUGAUCACUCACAAUGAUGGUGGCCAGUGGAUGUUACUCCCUCCUCCAGCAAAAGACGCCGAUGGUCAAAACUUUGGUUGUUCAGUCAAAGAUAGGAAAGGCAGUGAUCAAUGCUCGCUUCAUCUGCAUGGCUACACCGAACGCCGAGAUCCGCGCGACACAUUCUCUUCAGGGUCUGCCAUCGGCCUCAUGAUGGGGAUAGGCAACGUUGGUGCUCAUCUGUCUGGCAAGGACGAAGCGGACACAUUCAUGACUCGGGAUGGCGGAAUAACCUGGAAGUCCGUGAAAAAAGGGCGACAUAUGUGGGAGUAUGGCGACUCCGGGUCAGUAAUUGUGAUUGUUCCCGAGUCUCCACCAACAAAGGUCCUUUAUUAUAGUCUUGAUGAGGGCGACAAUUGGGAACCCUAUGAAUUUUCGGACGUCGAGAUGCAAAUUUAUCGCCUGUCAACCGUUCCGUCCGACACUUCCAAGAAUUUUCUUCUCUGGGGAAAAGAAGUGGAGUCCAACAGACUUGCCACGAUUAACGUUGACUUCAGUGGUCUCCGGAAGAAGUCAUGCAACUUGGUCGAAGAUGGUCAUGAAAGUGACGAUUAUUACCUUUGGGAACCCAAGCACCCCUUCCAGGAAGAUAAUUGUCUAUUCGGCCAUGUAGAACAGUACCACCGCAAGAAACUGUCCUCCCAGUGCUGGAACAAUUGGCGCGAACCUCAUGUCCACAGUAUCGGAAGGAAUUGCACCUGCACAAGAGCUGACUAUGAAUGUAAUUACAACUAUGAGCCCCAGAAUGAUGGUAGUUGUGCACUAGUACCCGGCCUUCCCAAGCCUGACGCAUUAGCUGUGUGUAGGGAAGAUCCUGAUAGGGUCGAAUACUGGGAGCCGACAGCGUACCGACGGAUUCCACAAACUACGUGCGCGGGCGGGUUGAUUUUAGAUCAUGUCGUUUCAAAGCCAUGUCCCAGCAAAGAAAAGGAGUAUGAGAAGAAGCAUGGUAUAAGUGGAACUGGCUUAUUCUUUGCGAUAAUGAUACCAAUUGUGGUGGCAGCUGGUGUUGGGUAUUAUGUAUACGCCAAGUGGGAUGGCAAAUUUGGCCAAAUUCGCCUUGGAGAGAAUGCUGGUACCUAUGAGAGCCUACUCUCGCGAGAGUCACCUAUAGUGACUGUGCCAAUCGCGGUUAUUGCGGGUAUUGUGGCUGUUGUCAGAGCACUUCCCCUUCUUGCCAUGAGUUUGUGGCGCAGCGCCAGCGGCUAUGUGCGCCUUGGGCGCAACAGGGCUUAUUCAAGGCCAUACGCAUCGAGGGGCUCGUUUGCGGCCCGAAGAGGCGAUUAUACCAGUGUCGUCGAUGAUGAAGAUGAGCUUUUGGGCGUGGAUGACGCCGAGAUUGAUGAAGACGACGAGCUUUGA